CAAAGCAUUCAACUUUUCCUCACGAAGUCGCAGAAAGCCAUUGAAAACCUUCCCACUCACUCUUUUCUAUUGCUCUCACUUUUCCCAUAUCUCUCUGCUACGUCUCUCUGUUUCACCAUCACAACAACAAUGACCGAGAACUCUAGCUGUUUCAACGGCAUCGUACGCCGGCUUUUAUGCACCGGCAACGUUCCGACUCACCCGUCAUCAGAUUACAUUCUAGACUCUAACCCAACCCAACUCGUUAAACCACCCAAAACUCCAAACCAUGAACCCAAGUUCCAAACUUUUCCUUCGCCUUCGGCUACAGCCACGCCUGGAAUAGUAGCCAGGUUAAUGGGGCUGGAGUCUCUUCCCGAGACGAACUGGGUGAGAGCCCCGGAUUUGGUUACCAGAAGUAAGUCGGUGAGCUUUGCAGAUUACUUGAUGGAUUUUGAUUUGACUCCGACUAAUCAGCACCGCCGUGUCCGGACCUCCGUCUCUUUCCGGGAGGUUCCGGGGGUUAUGAGUCAGCAGGAGAGUCAGGAUUUUCUGGUGGUGUAUUUGGAUAGUGUGGAUAAGGGGAAGGAGUUCGGGUCGAAAGUGAAGAAAACAGAGGAAGUGAAACAGGGGAAGGAACAGAGGAGUAAGAACAGGGAGAGUAGUGAGGUGAUUAAGAAGAAGAAUGAAGAGAAGGUAGUGAAGAAAAAUAGCAAGAAGGUUUCGAAGUUGAAAGAUGAGCCUAGAAGAGAAUGUAGUGCCCAAUCUUCGAAGGUUAGUCGUAAUUGCAAAGGAGACGAGGGUUUGGGGUACUCUGUUCCUUAUAAGAAGGUUGUGAGCAAAAAUGGUGGAGCAAAUUUAAGUGAAGGUAGUGGGGAACAUACUCCACCGAAGAAAACAACGACUCAGAAGAAGAAGAAAGUGGUGCAAGAGCCAAAAUGCAAGAAGGGAAAACAUCAGAAUGAAGCUAAGAAAAGAGUGGCUGUUGACAAUAGUUCGUGCUCGGAGAAUUCAAGUCCUGUUUCGGUUUUUGAUAUUGAUGACAUUUUGAUCCAACAUGAAACUUGGGUAUCAGAAUAUUCAAGUCCCAAGGAUUUGAAAUCCCAGAUGAAAUCUCCACCAAGAGUUUCUUACAAUGAAGACCCUGAAUUGAGAGCAGUCAAAAUCAAAGAUAUGGAGCCAAUUAAGAACGAGGACAGCGGAGAUUCCACGGAGCUUUUGGCGACAAAAGUCUUCAGUUUGACAGAAGAAGAAUUGAAAGAGUCAAAUUGGGUAUCAAAGAAUGUGGUCGAGUAUGAAAGAUUCGAAGAAAUCUGUGUGGAAGUUGAGGGGCUGAUCCUUGACGUGCUAUUGAACCAGGCCAUUGAUGACAUUGUGCAACUUUCUUAAGCUUGAAGAAGAAGAUGGAGCUGCCUCAAACCUGUAAAUAGUUAAUAGUCCUUGAUAAUAGUAUAAUAGUACUUCUUCAAGGUUUCGAUCUCUGUCACUUUGAAAUUUUAGCAAUUUUGGUGUGAAAGGAGUUUGGUUUCGCUGUGGCUGCAGCAAGCGGCAACUGGAAAAUUUAAUUGCUUGUCCCCUGCACCUAGAGAAAUAGACAUUUUGGGGGGCAGAUUUUUCUGUGAAAUCUAAUCUGAUUUGAUGGUAUCAUAAUUGAAAUUUUGAAUUCUCAUAA